CUGCCCGUGCCAGCUCGGCUCUCUGUGCCUCGCGUUCCCACAGCCUCUUGAGAGGCAGUGGGCAGCGCUGUAAGGAGGCUCAGGGUCCUGCCCGAGGGGGUGAAGGCCGCCCCAGGGCGCCCAGGCUCUGGGCUGCAGGAGGGAGGGAGCAAAACUGCCCCAGGGACUAGUCCUGGGGGUGCCCUCUCCCAGGGAAGCUUCAGGAACCUGUAGACCUUUUCCUGGUUCCAGUCGCUUGGAACCGUCUCUAGCGGCUUCUGGCAGCGGGGCGGCGCCUCCCCUCCUGGGGCCUGGCCCAAGGUCCGUUUCACGGACCCGCCCCGGCAAUCUUUGCGCAGCUGGAGCCGAACUCCCGCUGCGCGCGGCUGGUCGGACUCUGGCGCGCUUCCUGGGCUUUGUGGAGUCAAGGCGCCUUGCGAAGUCCACUUUCCAAGCUCCGAGGGCUUUGAGAGAGAGGAUCCAAGGCAAGGGCGUUUAGAGAGCUGCGGAGGAGAGAGAGGGGCUUGGAGGAACAAGACAUGUAUUUUUAUCUGCGUCUCAAAAGAGGAGAAUUCUCUGUCCCCACCAGAGAGGCUGCAACCCGGAACUGUGACUGCAAUUGACUGGCACAGCAGAGGCCUGGGAGUCUCAGGGUGGAUGACUUAGAAUAUGUGCUAAAAAGCCAUUUUCCUUGGGGAAUUUAGGGGCCAACUGGUGGUGGUGGUGACUGUGACCUGAAGUGAAGGAGUCAGAAGACAGCUAAGGGAACAGCGGGAAGGGACAGGGGGCUGCCCUGGACUCCCCCUGAAGCUCCUGCUGCCCCUCUCUGAUGGAAUGCUGGUGAGGUUCUCUGCCAGGGGAGCCACUGGUGAGUGGAAUAGUGGGGUCUGACCGACCCUCAUCCCUGCUUAAGAACUGGAGGGGUGUCGGAGCCCUGAGGCUCUCUCCUUCUGGAAGAUGGCUCUGAACACUUCCACCAUGGAUAGUGCCGGGCUGGCGGUGGAGAGGGACUUCUCCUUCCGUAUCCUCACAGCCUGCUUCCUGUCACUGCUCAUCCUGUCCACUCUCUUGGGAAACACUCUGGUCUGUGCUGCUGUCAUCAGGUUCCGACACCUGCGAUCCAAGGUGACCAACUUUUUCGUCAUCUCCCUAGCUGUGUCAGACCUCUUAGUGGCUGUCUUAGUGAUGCCCUGGAAAGCUGUGGCUGAGAUUGCUGGCUUCUGGCCCUUUGGGUCCUUCUGUAACAUUUGGGUGGCCUUUGACAUCAUGUGCUCCACUGCCUCCAUCCUCAACCUGUGUGUGAUCAGUGUGGACAGGUACUGGGCCAUCUCCAGCCCCUUCCAGUACGAGAGGAAGAUGACUCCCAAGGCAGCCUUCAUUCUGAUCAGUGUGGCGUGGACUCUGUCUGUCCUCAUCUCCUUCAUCCCCGUGCAGCUCAGCUGGCACAAGGCCAAGCCCAUAAGCCCCUCCGAUGGCAAUGCCACCUUCCUGGAAGAGACCGAGGACAACUGUGACACCAGAUUGAGUAGGACAUAUGCCAUUUCAUCCUCCCUGAUAAGCUUUUACAUCCCGGUGGCCAUCAUGAUUGUCACCUACACCAGUAUCUACAGGAUCGCCCAGAAACAAAUACGGCGCAUCUCAGCCUUGGAGAGGGCAGCGGUCCACGCCAAGAACUGCCAGACCACCACGGGGAAUGGGAAGCCUGUCGAGUGUUCUCAAUCAGAAAGCUCCUUUAAGAUGUCCUUCAAGAGAGAGACUAAGGUCCUGAAGACCCUGUCCGUGAUCAUGGGGGUGUUCGUCUGCUGCUGGCUCCCCUUCUUCAUCUCAAAUUGCAUGGUGCCCUUCUGUGGGUCUGAGGAGACCCAGCCCUUCUGCAUCGAUUCCAUCACCUUUGAUGUGUUCGUGUGGUUUGGGUGGGCUAAUUCCUCCCUGAACCCCAUCAUUUAUGCCUUUAAUGCUGAUUUUCAGAAGGCAUUCUCUACUCUCUUAGGAUGCUACAGACUGUGCCCUACAACGGGUAAUGCCAUAGAGACAGUUAGCAUCAAUAACAACGGGGCCGUGGUGCUUUCUAGUCAUCAUGAACCCCGAGGCUCCAUCUCCAAGGAGUGCAAUCUGGUUUACCUGAUCCCGCAUGCUGUGGGGUCCUCUGAGGACCUGAAGAAGGAGGAGGCAGGCGGAAUAGCAAAACCACUGGACAGGCUGUCCCCAGCCCUGUCAGUCAUAUUGGAUUAUGACACUGAUGUCUCUCUAGAGAAGAUCCAGCCCACCACACACAAUGGACAGCAUCCAACCUGAGCUCCUGGGUGAGCCCAGCCACACGCAGGCAAUCUGAGAGCUGGAGGAGAUUUUUUUGGGGUUGCUGCUAAGGUCUGGUGGGACUGAGACGUCAGGGGGACCUCUGCCCUUUUGAACAGACAACCAAGUUUAUUUUCAAAUACAUCCCACUGUAUUUUCCGUGUUUUUCAUUGCCCAUCAAACAGGGAUACAUGGGAGCCAACAGGGACAUGUCUUUGGCUUCAGAAUCAUUUUUGAAACUUAUCUUAGGAUUUUAAAAAUAGGGCAAAGAAUCAGCAAUGAACAGCUUCAUUAAAAUCAAAGCUUUCCGAAGGGUUGAGUUUGCUGUAUACAAACAGGUGCUAAAACUGUUCCAAGCAAAGUUUUCAGAUUGUAAAGGUAGGUGCAUGCCUUCAUCAAUCAUUUCUAAAAAAUAACCGAGCCUUACAGUAGGAAUGACAAUGCUUUUUUUUUUUUUUCAGAACGGAGAGAUGUUUUGUUGAUAUUGGUUUUAUUUAUUUAUUGUAUUAUAUGGAUAUUUUGAAUCUAUCAUAAUAAAUCUAUAUUUAUCAUAUUUAAUAGGAUACACUCGAGUUAUCUGAGCUUGAACUGUCCAUUGAACUAGCACUUUAUAAACCAAUGAAGCAAACACAGAGUGAGGUUGCACAGGCUCAUGAGCAACUUCUGGAACCAGCGCAGACUGGCAGGACCUGAAGCUGCGAUGGUCCCUUAGGAUGCAGGGACUUGAGUAAAUCCAAGGUGAGAAGGACAAAUGCUGUGAAGGCUAUUUUUUAGUCUAAAAAGAUUGUGAAAAUUUUUUAAAAAAGCAUAGCUACUCGUGUGUUUCAAACGCGGCCAAGGCUGGUCCCAGGAGCGAUUGCAGUUCCGAGGGGCCAGCUCAGCCCUCCGGGUACCUCUUAGGCGGCUGGGAGGUGCAGGAGGCUUUGUAUUUAUGUAAAAUAGCUGGCUUCUGGGCUCCUCUCACUGCUCUGCUUGCGUGUCUCAGAGCUUUUCUGAGCCAAAUGGCUGUCCCAGGUAGAAAGAUGCAGGAGGACAGUUUGCUGGGUUCUGUGUCACAGCCGCCCCACCGAUGGACCCAGCUGGAACCCUGUGUCUUCACCUUCCCAGCUCAAACCCAACUGCUCAGUCGGGCUCCUCCCUUUGUGUGCUUUGAUCUGAGUGGAGGACCCAUUUUUUUUUAAAGGUCUUUAAAUGUUAAUGGUGUCCUAAUUAAGGAGCAGUGCCUCAUUCUCCGUGUUAAGUGCCCCUAAGCCACAGCGGCCCUGCUCCCAAACGCUGUUCCUUUCUCUGAGCCUGGGGAUCCUGUCACACCUGGACUGUGGAAAGCAUCGCCACAGCCUCCCCGGCUGCUCCCUUCCUGGCUAGUGUGGGGGUCCCAAUGGGGAUGUGGAAAUGUUUACAGUCUUCUCCUGAUAAGCAGUUGACAUAUACGGAGAUGACAUUGGUACAAAGGACAGACAUCUGCUGAAAACCCUCCCGCAUCGGGUCUGUGACUUCUGUACUGUGAGUGUUUCCUUCAUUUUGCUGCCUGUAUGCUUUCUUACAUCUAAUAAAAUUAUUUUGUGAACUCAA